AUGGAUCAAGAUUGCUUUUCGUACCUCCCCCAUGAGCUUCACCUGGCCAUCUUUCAGCAUCUCCAGGACAUCACCAGAGUCGACCGCGAAGACCUCACAUUAGCACUUGUAUCCCUUGCACAAACAUCUCGUCAUAUUCGCGCUACCUACGAGCCCAUCCUCUUUCAACAAGAUGGCGCUCCGGAUAGGGCCAUGCGAUGGGGUGCCUACCACGGCUUGAUCCCCUUGAUGGAAAAGGCUCUAUUUCACGGCGCAUCCGUGAAGGCUGAGGGGCCUCACCCACUAGGCCCGGAAUACACCUUUCCAACCAAAACCGGCAUCUUCACGGGGCCGGGCAAGGGCAGCCCUCUUCACUUUGCCGCCAUGAAUGGUCAGAAUGCUGCUGUCAAUUGGCUUCUUGACCACGGAGCCUCAAUACACGAACCCUCCAAGAACCUGUGCAAGUGCGUGGACCCACAGAUUCCACAAGGCUUCUUGACAGAUCUUGGACGCAUUUCCCAAAAUCACGGCAGCCUCAACCACGAUGCGCUUAGCCUGGCGCUGUGCCGUCAUCAUUCGUCCACAGCUCAACUUCUUAUUGACCGUGGGGCAUUGGAAGGAAACGCCGAACCUGUCGCCCUCCAUACAGCAGCGGCCGCGGGUCAACAUGACAUAUUUUUCGAGAUUCUGCGACAUGUAGGGCGCCAUGCUUCCUUGGACGCUCCCAUCCAAUCCCGAUUCACGUCUCUCCAUUACGCCGCUUGCUCUCCCGUCGCCCCUCCUGUGUUCAUACAACAGAUGCUCAAGGCUGGAGCCCACGUCAUCGAGUCUGCUCCUCGCACUGAUUUGCCCGUCUUCUACGCUGCGCUCAAUGGCUCAUGGGCGGUUGCCACCAUGUUCCUCGACUUGGGCCUUGAGAUGACCGAGUCCCAAGCACAGGUCUACCGCACGGCAGGUAUCAGCCUAGAAGGGGCCCUCGUCCAUGCCGCUGUUUUUGCAACGGAACCGCCAAACGACGUGCCGACCAGCAGUGAAUGGUUUGACGGCCGGAAGCGUUUCCUUGAACGACUAGCGCGUCAAGAUCCCGACUGCGUCAACUCGAUCUACAGGAACCCGCAUUGGUACACCAACGACACCCCGCUCAAGCGGGCCGCGGCCAAGGGCCGCAUCGAGCUCGUCCGUAUCCUCCUGGACUUGGGUGCCGAUCCAAACGUUACAGCCGGCGCAUGCUCCGAAACCGUCCUCCAUGCUCUUACCCGGUGCAACCUCCCCGUCUAUCCCGACGAUAAUGCGUCUCGUGUCAGUCACCCAAACUUCGACUUCUAUACUUGUCAAAUCGAGAACAUCGCUUCCCCAAUCGAGAAGCGCCUGGCCGCCAGCACUCCUAUCAUCAUUGCCCUGUUGGAACAUGGUGCCUCGGUCGAUGGAGUCAAAGACAGGGACGGCAAGACCCCAUUGGAUUUGGUCAUUCGGUACCAGGUGGCUGAGAGGGCGGAUACGGCGAAGAAGUACAUCGUUCUCUUUGAGGCAGUGAAGUUGUUGAGAGUCCUGAUGAAGCACGCGAAGCCGGGUUGCUUACAGGAUGAGCAGCGUCGCAGGGCCAAGACGACCGUGAAGAGGAUGGAGCUGGAACUGGAGGGAUGGUGGUGUUUCAAUCCUAGGGCAAGGGGGAUCGGCGGGCCUGGGCAUAUUCCUAGUUUCACGCAUGGGUACUGA